AUAUUUAAUGCAAGACAACUUGCUCUAAAGCUGAUAGCCAAUGUAACAUAUGGUUAUACAGCUGCUGGGUUUAGUGGUCGCAUGCCUUGUGCUGAGCUUGCAGACAGUAUCGUCCAAUGUGGCCGAAGUACACUGGAAAAAGCUAUUUCAUUUGUGAACACAAAUGAUAAAUGGAAAGCUAAAGUAAUAUAUGGUGACACUGACAGGUAAUCAAAUCUCUGACUCCUAAUAGGAUGGAGGUAUAAAUCAAAAAAGUUUAGGAUUUAUAUGACAUUACAUUUGGCUUUGGGAACCAGAUUUACCAACCACUGAGAUCAUCCAUGUUAAAUGCAGUAGAUUAAAUGUUAUGCCAUGCACUUCUGUGACAACCCUUUUUAUGUUAAACUUGUUUGGAAUCUUGUUUGCUGUUCACUGCCAUGCAUUUUAAGUUUAACCAGGCAAAAGGGCUUUAUUAUUAUUAUUAUUAUUUUUCUUUCUUUGGGCAGCAUGUUUGUUCUUCUUAAGGGACGGACUGUCAAAGAAUCUUUACAAAUUGGACAUGAGAUUGCAUCUGCGGUAACUGCAAUGAAUCCAAAUCCGGUGACACUGAAAAUGGAAAAAGUUUAUCACCCAUGUUUCCUUCUUACCAAGAAGCGUUAUGUUGGUUACAGCUAUGAGAGUCCUGAUCAAGUCAAACCAGUCUUUGAUGCUAAAGGUAUUGAGACAGUUCGCAGAGAUACUUGUGGGGCUGUUGCCAAGACAAUGGAACAGUCCCUAAGGAAUUUUUUUGAACAUCAGGACAUCUUAAAGGUUAAAGCAUAUCUGCAACGGCAGUGGACACGGAUUCUGUCUGGUAGAGUGUCCCUUCAGGAUUUUGUUUUUGCUAAGGAAGUCCGAUUAGGAACCUACAGCACAAGAGUAGGUUCAUCACUUCCCCCAGCUGCAAUUGUGGCAACUAAAGCUAUGAAAGCAGAUCCAAGGGCAGAACCACGCUAUGCAGAACGAGUACCUUACGUUGUGAUCCAUGGGGAGCCUGGAGCUAGGCUGGUUGACAUGGUGGUGGAUCCAUUGGAACUUUUGACCGUUGACUCCCCAUACAGAUUAAACGAUAUGUAUUACAUCAACAAACAGAUAAUCCCUACCCUACAGCGGGUAUUUGGGCUUGUGGGUGCUGACUUGAACCAGUGGUUCUUAGAAAUGCCUCGCCCAGCCAGGGAAGCUUUUGGAAAACGCAAUGUAAAUGCUCCAAACCUACACAGAACCAGAAUUGAUUAUUACUAUCUGUCAAAGCAUUGUAUACUCUGCGGUGAGUUGGUCCAAGCAUCAGCUCAUCUUUGCAGAAAAUGUUCUCAGAGGGAACUUGCACCUGCAACAGCUAUAAUUGGAAGGACUUCAAAGUUAGAAAGAGAGAUGCAACACCUUGCCGCUAUAUGUAGACACUGUGGAGGUGGGGACUGGCUUGUGGAGAGUGGGGUGAAGUGCAAUUCACUUGCAUGUUCAGUGUUCUAUGAAAGGCGCAAAGUUCAGAAGGAAUUGCAGGCUCUUUCUGCUGUCGCUACUAAUACAGGUUUUUAUCCAAAGUGUACAAUAGAAUGGUUUUGAAUACGUGUUCUUGGACAACAAAUUCCCCAACAUAAUAUUUUUCGUUUUUUUGCUUAUCAAAUAUGUGUAGUACGUGUGUUGUAAUCAUAAUUCUCCCAUAUUUGCUGUUGACUUUUGUUUUCUCACUUAUACAUGUAAAUAUUAUCUCUUGAAGUUUUACAAAUAAUCUAUUGCUUUGGCU